AAAAUACGACGGAGACAAAACAGUUUUGUCUCCCGUGUGCGCGGAGCCUUACAUUAAAAACAGAAGGCGGAGGUUGACAGUGUCACUGACAGCUGAUAUCGUGAUAUAAAAUUAAUAUUAUUUAAUUCAAUAAUUAAGUUUAAUAGUGUACAAUGUCGUUUAAUAUAAAACCUUACAAACUUUGUCGGACAUUCUUUAUAACCUCUCGAAAUUAUUGCCAAGAGAAAUCUAUUUACCAGCGCAAUGAAGAAGGCCCACAACCACGAAUGGUGCACGGAAAACCGUACCCCGACUGGAGGAAGCCAUGGAUACAACGCGACGGAGAAUGGACGAGUAAAUUGUCAGUUUUCGUGGAGAAAAAUCCUAAUCCAAAUAUAGUAAAUGCGCUCUCAAAACUACCGAACUUAUCUAUGAAAGAUGUAAAAGAAUGGUGGGCAAGUAUGAAGGUGCUGCAAGAGAUUAAGAACCAGGAAUUCCUGCCAAAGAGAACAGCUACACUUGGGUCUAAUUUAGCAGCACUGCACUUCUUUACAUACAGAGCUUGUGCUGUUAGAUUGAAAGGAAAAAACGAAUGGAUAACUGGAGAUGCGACAAACCUAAACCUUCCUAGCCAGUAUGAAGAAGGCUAUUUUGUAGAAGCAGUAGAUUGCACCAAGUUCCUUCACAACGGCAUCCGGUACGAAGGUAUCCAAAACUUCUCUGGCCUUAACUUCCUCAAAUGGGUGUCUCUGAGGAAUAAUAAACAUGUUGAUGUUUGGUGUUUGGACAGACUGGCCGGUCAGAAUGGAAAAAGUAUAGAAUACUUAGAUAUCCGCGGCUGCAACUUGUGUGUAGGUGGAGUUUCUGCCUUAGCAAGAAUAUCGGCACUCAAAACUCUGUAUAUAACUGAUCCUGGGGAUAAUAUAGAGCUACAAGCGGCUUUGUCGGUCUUAGAAGAAGAAAAUCCAAAACUCUUGAUAAAUGCUGCUACAGAAUGAUGUGUGAUGCUAGUAUUGUACUGUGUUGUUAGUGAAUUAUAUUUUUAUGUUGUA